AUGGAAUCCGGAAACGAUGCAGAAAUUUGGAAGGAAAGGUUUGCUAGUUUCCUACCAGAGGAUUUGGCUGAGGAGUUAAUAAAAAUUGAAGCAUUUUCUGUCGACAAAACAGACAAACGUAUUGUAACCGAGUCUUUAAAUUGCGUACUUUCCGGAUUUGUAAACUUGUUGUCCAAUACAGAAAAGAUCGGUCCGAAAAGGUUGAAAGAAUUGAAUUCUGGCUUUUUUCGACACAGAGAUUUGUACAUCUUGAUCUUAAAGAAGAUCAUUGCUAGGAUACCUGAUUUACAUGAGGAAGAACAGUUUUGGAACAUGUAUUAUUUUUUGCGAUAUCUUCCCCUUCCAUCCAAAAAACUGCAUACUGCUUUUUACGAAACAAAGGCCAAUAUCAUAAGUAGACACUGGAAAGUUGGAAAAGCGAAACGAUACUAUCAAGAAGCUUGGUUACUGUUAGUGAAGCAUGAGCUUCCCAAGCCCUUGUUGAAAAAGAUGGUGCCAUAUUUGAGCGAGCAUGCGAUCGAUUCAUUCAGAGAGCCAUUUCUUAUUGGCGACUUUUUAUUCCGUAUUUUCAAAAUGGGCGAAGUUUUUGCAAUACUUUCUCUGGCUGGCAUUUUCAAAUUAGUUGUGAAAUAUAACUUCGAGUUUCCAAACUUUUAUCAGUGCGCUUACGGGUUAAUAACACCAGUUGUAUGUUAUCUAAAUUAUCGAGAAAAGUUUUUUGUUCUUCUGGAUACUUUUCUGUCAUCAUCACAUCUUCCGAUAUACAUUGUUGCUGCUUUUGUAAAACGUUUGUCUUGGCUGACUCUUUUUGCACCUGUUUCAUGUCAGGAACCUCUCUGUGCUUUAAUAAGAAAUUUGAUAAUACGACACAAGGAUGUGGAAUUUCUGGUGCACAGAGAUAAUCCAGAAACAUUUUCUGAUGAUCCUUAUGACGAAAAACAAAUGGAUCUACAAAAAUGUGGAGCUAUGAAGAGCUCACUGUGGGAAAUCAAGGCUUUGCAGCGGCAUUGGUUUAUAGAUAUAGCGAAAAGGGCAAAUUUCGUUGACAAAGAGAUGCAGAGGAUGGAGUCGUUUGAUCAGGAAUCUUCUGAUGACGAUUCGCGGGAAAAUAAUGCUCAUCCAGUUAAAAAGCGACCGAAAUUACGUAGGGAUAUAAAAGAUUGUGACUAUGUGAUUGCAAUUAAUAAUAUGGAACCAUCACUUGCAAUCACGAUCGUAGUUUUAUCUGAAUCGAGAGUAGUUCGAGAUCAAAGUUGCAAUUCCAGUCACUUUAUGUCAUCAGCUCAAUUGAUUCGGGUUCUUUCCUUAUUUGGAAGAAAUCCACUGCGUUACAGCGCAUUGUGCUUUUGCCAGAAUACUUCAGAAAUCCCAACAACUUCGGAAGAAUUAGCUUUAUGGAAGAUCGAAAGAAGCAAUCCAUUCAUCGAAGUCCCUCAGGCUUGGGUCACAACAUUGGCAGAAAAAAAGGAAUCUCGAGUGGAUUUAAUUAGUUUACAUCCAAAUAUUUUCCGAACUGUGCCAAGGAUUGAUUUGCUGCAUCGUAAUAUCACUUGGCAAGAGAAUUAUCGAAAUUUAGCAAUUACGAAGCAAUUAUCUAAGAAAGAAAUGCCCGGUGGUGGACAUAAGCCAUGGCCGCAAAAAAAAACUGGUCGACAUCACGCCGGUUCAAUUAGAUCUCCUCAUUUUCGAUUGGGAGGUUUUGCAAAUGGAAUACGCGGACCUAAGACAUGGUUUUACAUUUUGCCCGAUGCGAUUAGGUUGGAAGGCUUGUGUGUAGCAGUAACCAUUAAACAUGUGCAGAAUGAUUUAGUGAUCGUUGAUGACUUCGCUAGCUUGCCGAGUGAUGAUGCGCAAUUUAUACAUGACCUCGCGGACUCCAGAAAUUGGGGUUAUUCAGUAUUAUUUAUCAACGAUAGUUCCGAAGUACCUGAGAAUCUGGCAAAGGUAUGCGACGAAAUACCGACAUUCAACGUUAUGCCAGUUUAUGGAGUAAACUGUUUUAGUUUGGUAAAGCACGACACCGUAGUAUUUUCUCUAUCAGCUCUCCAACUAUUCCAGUCUCGUAUACUUUUUCACAAAAAUCGUGCACAGACAUUGCAGAAAAAAUACCGUUAUAUUGAUUACAAAAGGACUAUCAUGAAUGAAGCGGAAAAAGAAGUUGAUCCAACUCAUGUACCAUAUAUUUGA